UGUCGAGCAGCAGCAGCAGCAGGAGCCGCGGUGGUGUCAGUCACACACCCAGGGUCACCUUUUCUUUUCACUUCCCCUCACUUCUCUUCCCUUCCUGGAGGUUUGGAUUCGUCGCUGCUAGGUGUUCGAGCGUCCUGCAGAGCAAACACUCGGCGACAGACGACAGUGACAGAAUGUAGCGACCCCACGCCGGACGAGGAGGGACCAGGAUCGAGCACCACGGUGGAGAUGUGCAUUCUCCUGUAGAAACUGGAGUUAAGUGGAACUGAAACCAAAAACAGUCGGACACUAUGUGGAUUUUAACUGGAGUAUCGAAGUGUCCGUGGAUGGUUCAUAUAACAAGACUGAAGGUUCCUCCAUCGAGGAUGUUAUGGCUGGAACACCGGUCCGCCGAGUCAACUGUUCCCCGGAGGAGCCGACACUGGACAAGGGCAAAAUCCUCGCCGAUAACCGGCUUCUCUCUCUCGUUAAACCGGGGGUCUCCGUGUUCCACACCACGGGGUCGCUCCGUGUUCCCCUCUCACUCCCCCGUAUCAUGGACCCGAACAUCUGUAGCCUUUGCGAGCUCCUCAGCUGCCUCCACGCCCACCACACCCGGAUCCGUGAAGACCAACACGGACACGGAAAAAGGCCACACACCGGCCACAGUCCCCCUGGAGGAUGUCAGGAGGAUCCUCAAGCUGGCUCACCCGGAGAGAUGGAGGCUGGCGGCUGCCGUUGGCUUCCUCACCGUCUCGAGUGCCGUGACCAUGUCAGCUCCGUUCCUGCUGGGUAAAGUGAUUGACACUAUCUACUCCACUGGGGCAGACACAGAAUCGAUGACCGCCUCCCUGACGUCUCUGUGCAUCUUGCUCACUGGAGUGUUUCUGUGUGGCGGAGCGGCUAAUGCUGCCAGGGUCUACCUCAUGCAGAUCUCAGGGCAGCAGAUUAUCCGUGAUCUCCGCGCCUCCGUCUUCUCCUCUAUUCUCCGACAAGAAGUGGCGUUUUUUGACAAGAACAGGACAGGGGAGCUGAUAAACCGCCUCUCUGCAGACACAGCAGUGGUCGGCUACUCCAUCACUGACAAUCUGUCGGAUGGUCUGAGAGCCGUCGCCCAGGCAACUGCUGGCGUCAGCAUGAUGUUCUAUGUCUCUCCUUCCCUGGCGAGCUUCGUGCUGCUCAUCGUUCCUCCCGUGGCCCUCAUGGCGGUGAUCUACGGCAGAUACCUGCGCUCCAUCUCAAAGCGGACUCAGGAUGCACUAGCACAAGCCACACAGUUGGCAGAGGAGCGCAUCAGUAACUUGAGAACAGUUCGUGCGUUUGGCAAGGAGCUGUCAGAGGUCACCACGUACAUGCAGAAGAUCGAUCACGUUCUCAGUCUGGCAAGGAGUGAAGCUUUACUGCGAGCCGGCUUCUUUGGAGUGACGGGCCUCAGUGGUAACAUCAUGAUUCUGUCGGUGCUCUACAAAGGAGGUCUGCUGAUGGCCAGCCAGCACAUGACAGUGGGGGAGCUCUCCUCUUUCCUCAUGUACACUUUCUGGGUGGGAAUAAGUGUUGCUGGCUUGAGCUCUUUCUACUCCGAGUUGAUGAAGGGUUUUGGUGCUGGAACGCGAUUGUGGGAGCUGCUGGACAGGAGGCCGGAGUUCCCACUGAACGAGGGUCUGGUUCUUCCCUGUGAGCAGCUGAAAGGUCGACUGGAAUUCCACAACGUCUCCUUCGCUUACCCAACACGCAAAGAGGCUCCCAUCUUUCACAAUCUGAACCUCCUGGUCCCAGCUGGUACCAUCAUGGCUGUUGUGGGACACAGUGGGUCCGGGAAGUCCACCCUGGUCUCGCUGCUGCUCCGGCUGUAUGACCCGGAUGAAGGUGUCAUCACCAUCGAUGGGCACGACAUCAGAGAUCUGAAUCCCUACUGGCUGAGAAGUCAUGUCGGGACUGUCAGUCAGGAGCCAGUGCUCUUCUCCUCUUCGAUCAGGGAGAAUAUUGCGUAUGGUGCCAGCGAUCCGGCAGCAGUGACCACAGAGGAUGUCUACAGAGCUGCUCGAGUGGCCAAUGCGUAUGAGUUCAUCCAGGCCUUCCCCAGAGGCUUCGACACUGUUGUUGGAGAGAAGGGAGUGCUGCUGUCAGGUGGUCAGAAGCAGCGAAUUGCCAUUGCCAGAGCUCUUCUCAAAAAUCCAAAGAUCCUGCUUUUAGAUGAAGCCACCAGUGCGCUGGAUGCUGAGAAUGAGUUCCUGGUGCAGGAAGCUUUGGAGCGUCUAAUGGAAGGGAGGACGGUGAUCAUCAUCGCUCAUCGUCUCUCCACCAUCCAGAACGCAAACGCCGUAGCUGUGUUGGACCAGAGGCGCGUCGCCGAGUGCGGCCAACACUCCGAGCUGCUCAGAAACUCUCAAGGCCUGUUCCGAAAACUGAUGGAGAAGCAGGCGUUUAUGCAGGAGGCGCAGAAGCAUGCGCUGAGGUGAGAAUGGAGACAACGUAAGAGGACGGGGCGGUGGCUUUGGAACCUGAGGAAAAGAAUCUAUUUAAGGCUCAGGUUGUUUGCAACACUGGACUAAGAAGAACAGGAAUUCAGCAGGUGUGUAGAGGAGACAAUUAAGAACCAAAACUCGUGAUUUAAAACUUUGGAGAGUCUGCUCAAGUCACUGUCAAUGUUCUAAUAAGGUUGCACCGCACUGCUGAAUAUAUAUAUAUAUAUAUAUAUAUAUAUAUAUAUAUAUAUAUAUAUAAUUUGUUUUUAUAUUUGUGUGUGAAAACUUGAAGCUCUUCAGGAGCCUGUUGGUGUCACCUUAGAGGAGAAGAGGCCAAACACAAAGUGAAGUGCCAGAUCACCCUCUUGUGGCCUUGGACUCAUUUGUAUAAAAUCAUGGCGCUUUUCAAAAUACAUUAUAUUUUCUGAAAUCCAUUGUUCACCACAAGAUGUUUUAUCAUCUUCAGAUUUUGUGAAUGUCUCUUUUAAAUACUUUAUAUUUAGACAAAUUGGCUGUUUGUGUUGUUAGUGCACAUAUUUGUUUGUUGCUAUAGAUUCACUUAUGAAGUCAUUGUCAUAUAUCUGGAAUGAGCUCUGUUUGUUGAAGCAUUUACAACUCAUAUAAUGCAUUUUUAUAACAACCUUUAUUUAAUUUUAAAUAUACUACUUGGAUAAAAAGAAGCAUCAAAUCUGGAUACUAUCUCCAUACAAGUGUGAGUAUAGAUACUUAUUGAUUAUUUGCUGCAGUACUUCAGUAUUGUGCCAUAUAUCAUAUUGAAUAAUUUUGUUUUCUCUAUUGUCUCAUCAGUCUGCUUUCGCAAGGUCUCAUUUUGCCAAGAAUUCCACACACAGUCAGUUUGAAAACUGCUCCUUUCAGAUCUAAUGUUGUAAUAGUAAUUUCCUUUCUAAUCAAUAGAAAAUUGUGGUUUGAAUAAAGCUGGUUUGGGCCACUCAGACUUUACUCAGGUUCUUGGUGUAAAUAACAUCUCAUCUUUUCUAGGUUAAUUAAAUUGAAAACAGAAGUUUAUUGUUGGAUAGUGGGCUGCCUAAUAAUCACAAGAUUGUCAUAUUUAUUUUUUUCUGAAUAAAGGGA